GCUAGGCCUAGUUUAAGAUAUAAAUUUUCAAAAGAGGUUUUCAAAAUCUUAAACUUACCUUCGAUUAAGGUCAUCCAAAAACCGAACAGCGGAUCCGAAAUGCUCACUGUCGGGUUGGGUGGUAUCCCCAAACGAGUGCCUCAAGUUUGGUUUUGGUUUGUAGAUCCCAUUCUCCAGGAUUUUUCAAAGUUCUCAUGGCAAGAACUCAGAACCUGGUUAUACAAGGUGGAUCAAAUCUUUGCUAUGGACGAAAUUCCUUCAGAGCAGAAUGUAAAGGUUGCGGCCAUACAUUUGGAAGGAGACGGAAGCAUUAAGGAGUACCAAGCAUCUUUUGAUAAAUUGAUGACAACUAUCAAUUUAUCUCUUGAGAAUGCUAUCCGCUGUUUUAUUGAGGAUUUAAAACCAGAAAUCAAUAAGGUAGUGAGGAUGCAAAACCCAAAAACACUGAUGCAAGCUUACAAGGCUGCAAGGCUAGAAGAAGAAGUUUUCAAUGCACAAGCUAAGUCAUGGGAGCUGAAGGCGGUUGGGAGGCAGCAAGGUGGUAUUUUACCCACUCCAGGGUUCAAGAAACAAGUAACCCAACAUAAGUCACCCUCAAACAAGACUGUCCAAAAUGAGGGGCAGGCUCUUCAGAAUUUUGGACAUUUCAUGUCCAUGUUCCAGCAGCCGGGAGGAUUUUCACCUUUUAAUCCGGGAUUGUAUCCACAAUCCUCGCCUCAAACUAACGUCAUUCGCCCGAUCGUCCCGACAAACCUGAUCGGGGAGAUGGAUAAAGCAGGUCCAUCCCGGUCUAGAAGAAGCCAGUCCCGUAGGUCACAAACAAAGGUGACCUCGGACGGAAAUGUGCGUUCAGUCCACAGCAAGGACGAGGAUUGGGACGUCCCCCAAGCGCUCAAAAAAUUGAAGGGAAAGGAUGUUCAACCAGAAGGAUCUAGGAGGUCGGCCUUCCAAAGGCUGGGACACGAUGGCCAAAAUCAAAACCGGUCAGCAAAGGAACGGUUGGGAGUGGUAACCAUCCCGGCUAGUGCCUUUAAUCGUGCGGGGAGAGGAGCCGGACGACCUGGUCAGACCAGGCGAACGGAACCACCCCCACGCGAUGAGCCCCAGCACAGCCGGACGCCGCGAGAGGAAGAAGCCGAAAGCCACCCCAGGCACCUGACCCGUUCUCAUGUUGAACAACCUCGGGAUCGUGUGGGCCGAGUCGAGGCACGUCUGGAGAAACUGCAACGCCGAGUAGACCGGGAAGAAAAGAAGAAGAUUCUGCUGAACGAAUCUCCGUUCACAGACCGGGUUCAUGAGACCCCGUUUCCAAAGAAGGCGAAACUUGAAGUCCCGAAGUUCACCGGGAAGGAGGACCCGGAAAUUCACGUCAAAACCCUCCAUCAAAGUGGGUGGAUGAUGGGUCUUUCUGGGGAUGAGAAAUGUUUGCUUUUCUUUCAAACCCUCCGCGGCCGCGCCGCCGAGUGGUUUCAUAACCUACCGGCCGGUGAAAUCGAUUCUUUCGAUGAGCUGGCUGAGGUGUUUCAAGAAAAGUUUAAGGAAAAUUGUACCAAGAGGAAAAAAUUCACCUACUUGAGUACAGCCGGGCAGCGAGAGCACGAGGAUCUGACAAAAUUCCUUACCCGGUGGAAGGAUGAAGUUGACAAGGUGGAGGAGAUGGACGACAAAACAGCCAUGUCCCUCCUUGUGUCCGGGCUCCGGUCCGGAGAACUUUACAAAGAAUUCUGCAGGAGGCCUCCCCAGUCCUACCAAGAGGCCCAUAACACGGCCUGGGAUUAUGCUGACGCUGAGGCACAGGUGUCAUCCAAGCGGGAGGCCGAGCAGGGCCAUUCAAAAGGAAAGAUUUCCUUGAAAAAGGAGAUUGGAUUGCCCGGUAAGGUGAAAGCUGAAAUCAUGGAGGUAAAGCCGGUCAAAACAGAGAAGAAACCAACCGGCGAGAAACAAUGGACGGAGAAGUAUUGCUCUUUUCACAAAACUGACUCCCAUAACACUGCAGAGUGUAACAGUGUGAAAGGAGUAAUAAAGCAGAUGAUCGAGGCUGGGGAGAUUGAUCCUGAGUACCUGGCUCAGGCCAAACCAAAGAAGAAUCAAUGGGUUAGGCCUGAAGGACAGCCGGCCGAACAGAACAAGAAGAAGAAAGCAGCCGGCAAGGAGCAUUUACAGGUCAUCUACGGUGGACCGGAAGGGGGAGAUUCUGCUUCCCAAAGGAAGAAGUGGGGGAGAGAGCUCUACGUAGGGACGGUAGCCCUCAAUCCCCGGUCAAAACAAGCAAGACGGGAACCGAUCACUUUUACUGACCGGGACCUUCCCGCCACCGGAGAAGAUCACAAUGACCCCCUGGUGAUAACUAUGGACAUGGGUGGAGUUGAUGUCUCCCGGGUACUUGUUGACACGGGCAGCAGUGUUAACAUUUUGUACCUGGAUGCAUUUGAGAAGCUCAAGUUGUGUCGAACACGGCUUGAGCCCUUAAAGACUCCCAUGUCUGGGUUUACCGGGGACUCAGUCGAAGCUGAAGGGUCGAUUCUUCUAACUUGUGAGCUGGGCACAGGCGACCAGGUCGUCCAAAAGCAAAUGAGGUUUGUAGUUGUGAACAUCAAAUGUGUUCACAACGCUAUUUUGGGCCGGCCUGGGAUAAACAAGGUUCGAGGGGUCAUCUCCAUGGCCCACCUCUGUAUGAAGUUCUAUACCCCGGGCGGUAUAGGACAAGUCAGAGGAGAUCAAAAGAAGGCUCGGCAUUGUUAUUUGGAAGUUGUAAAGAAAAUGACCAAGGCGUUCGAAAGGAUCACCUUGGUCUCCCAGGAAGAAGACAGGUCAAAGAUGGAACCGGGCGAUGAAACCGAACAGAUUGUUCUCCGGGAAGCCUUCCCAGAAAGAAUGGUAAGGAUUGGCAGAGAUCUGCCCGGAGGACUUCGAGAUGAAAUCAUCUCGGUCCUUCGGGAAUAUGCAGAUAUUUUUGCUUGGAGUGUGGCGGACAUGCCAGUUCUUCCCUCAUGUCCCCUCGCAUCCCCGCCUGAAAGCUUGCAUCAAGUAUGCGCCUUGAUGAAGAAGCCAAAAUGGGAGGAAGACGACUUCUUGAAAUCACUGGUUUCUCACAUGAACCCAGGUCUUGCUUCCCAAGUUCUGGCGCUUCAGAGCAAUGAUAUUCAGCUCAGCCUUCGGUUCUUCAGGUGGGUUUGCUUGCACUCUACGUAUUGCUAUGAUUUGGACGGCAAGAUUGAGGUUUUGAAUUUGUUGCUUGCUAGUGAAUCGAUUCAACUUGUACAUAAAGUCCUGGUUUUGUUGAUUAAUGAAAACUGUGUGUCCGAAUCUGAUACCUUGAAGUUAAUCUGCGCGCUCGAGGGCAUGAGAAAUGCGGGAUUUAAGCUCAACUAUCCCUGUUAUAGUGUGCUUUUGAUGCGGUUGGCUAAGCUAAGCAUGGGCUUAUCAGCUCUUCAGUUGUAUGAGGAAAUGGUGGGAAAUGGCUUUGUUCUAUCUCUGAUUGAUUAUACUUCUUUAGUAAAUGCUCUAUGUAAAAUUGGGUAUGUGAGAUCUGCUGAAAUGUUCUGUUCCAGGGUUUUGAAACUCGGAUUUAGGCUAGAUGUUCGUGUGUGUACCUCGUUGGUCUUGGGUUAUUGUAGGGUUUGUGAUAUUGUUGGCGCCUAUAAAGUGUUUGACACAAUGUCCCGAUUGGAUGGUUGUAAGGCUAACAGUGUUACAUAUUCAAUAUUGGUUCACGGUCUCUGCAAAGCUGGCAGGACAGACGAUGCCUUUCAACUAAAAGAGAAGAUGAGCAAGAAAGGUUGUAAACCUAGCACACACACAUAUACUGUACUCAUUAAAGCUGUAUGCGACAGGGGAUUGACUAAUAAGGCUUUCCUUUUGCUUGAUGAGAUGCUGAAGAAGGGCUGUAUGCCAAAUGUUCACACAUACACAGUGCUGAUUGAUAGAUUGUGUGGAGAGGGAAAAUUUGAGGAGGCCAAUGGGUUAUUUAGGAAGAUGAUAAAGAACAAGUUGUUUCCGAAUGUAGUAACAUUCAACACGUUAAUUGAUGGUUAUUGUAAAGAGGGAAAGGUGGUGUCUGCAUUUGAGCUACUUGGUGUAAUGGAAAGAGGGAAGUGCAAACCAAAUAUCCGUACAUACAAUGAGCUAAUAGGUGGACUAUGUAUAGUAAAUCGACCUUUUAAGGCAAUGGAACUAUUGGAGAAGAUCAUUGGUAAUGGACUGAAGCCUAAUGAGGUAACCUAUAAUACCCUGAUUAAUGGUUUCUGCAAGGCAAGCCACCUUUGUGCAGCUUUCACGGUUCUACAAUCAAUGAAGCUAACAGGAAUUGAACUUGAUGGCUUCACUUAUACAAUGUUGAUCGAUGAGCUAUGCAAAAAUGGAAAACUAAAGCAAGCAACUAUUUUCUUUGGAUUGAUGCUUAAGAAAGGAAUAGCCCCUGAUGAAGUAACAUUAACUGCCCUUAUCAAUGGUUAUUGUCGUGCUGAUAAAAUUCAAGAUAGCUUCAUUAUUUUUGACAGAAUGAUAAAUGAUAGGCUGUUUACAAGUCCACAUGCCUUCAACUCAUUUAUUGACACUCUUAUAAAACAAUUUAGAUUGGCUGAAGGAUAUUCUGUUUUUGCAAAAAUGUUGAAGCAUGGUUUAGUUCCCUCUGUAGUGACCUAUACAAUACUAGUAAGUGGGCUGGUCCACACAGGGGAUAUGAGUUCUUCAUUGAAAGUCAUAGAUGUUAUGAAACAAGACGGAUGCCAACCAAAUGUGUGCACUUACACUGCAGUGAUGUCUGGUCUCUGUCAGAGUGGCAGGAUCAAAGAGGCAGAGGACCUCUUGUGCAAAAUGCCCGGAUACGGUGUAAUACCAAAUGAUAUUACAUACGGAAUCUUGAUUAAGUCACAUGUGAAAGGUGGCAGUUUAGAGCGUGCCCUUGCUAUUAUAAGCACCAUGAUCCAAAAUGGUUGUGAGCCUAAUGCUCAAAUAUAUCUUGCAUUACUUGCACAAAUUGUUUUCUCAAACACCAGUGGAGAACAGUCAGAAAAGCCUUCUACUGGGUUGGUUUCUGGUUCACGAAUUAUGGGAAAAGAUGAUCUGUAUUUCUCUGCAGACUCUGUUUUUAGAGAGAUGAAUGUCUGCCAUGCUGCCCAUCUUCAGAAUAUGUUCAAGCAAUGCGGGGACUGUACAUUGGGUGUGUAUAAAUUUUUAAUUUUAGGGCUCUGUAAAGUUGGAAGAGUUGCUGAAGCAAAGGAUCUUAUACAGAAGAUGGUGAAUAGUGGUUGUCCUCUUGACAAAGCCCUAAGUUCAUGUAUCAUAGAGUACUUCUGCAGAUAUCACUGUUAUGACUAUUGCCUGCAUUUGGUAAAGCUGAUGAUUACAGAUAGUUGUAUUCCGUCCUUUACAUCAUGUAGUCCUCUAGUUUUCAGUCUUAGAAAUCACGGGAGAGUUAAAGAAGCUAUGUGGCUGCUUUCUAACCUUUUGAAAGAUUCUAAAAUUGAUGAUGAAACUGCGAUCUCUUCACACAUUGAAUUUCUGAUUAAAGGGGAUGAACCGCUCAAGUGCUUUGAUCUUUUAAAUUUGAUUCACGAGAAGCAUCCCUUAGAGAGGCCAAUCAUCUAGUUUGUUUCUUCGAGGUUCUUGCAUCACUGAUCACAAUUUUUAGCUUCCUCUCUCUAGAGUCUAGACCAUUUAUGCCUCUCUGCUAUGCUACAUAUGAUUUGCUACUUUGAUAAGUUUGAUGAAGGUGAAAGACUUUUGAAGUGUUUAAAAGAAAUAUGUUUUGGUUAACAAGCUUUCUUGGAGACUUCGUCAAAGCUGAGUACUGCUGACCUCUCAUUCUCAUCCAUCUUAUGGAACAUGGGGAUGGAAUAUGUGGUAUUGUAUAUAAAGCCAUUAGCAUGAGAUCAAGUGAGAUUGAAAACAACAUGUACCAAACAAUGAGAGAUGGCGUGUCGAGAGCAUUUUAACAUCCAGUACUAAGCUGAAAUGGUUGGUCAAUGCCCUUUCAGGACUAUCAUUCCCUGCAGCUGGUGAAACCAAACCAGAGAAAGAUGGUGGUGAAACAAGGGAGGGAAGAAAACUGAGAAGGAUAA